UCACGUGCUCGGCACGUUGCUUUGAUUGAAGAAGAAGAGGAAGGGUUCCGUCUGCAUUCAUCGGCGAGAGAAGAGACGGAGAAGAAAUAAGGAAGAGAAGAAGGAAGAGGAUGAGGUCCGUGAUGGAGUUCGCAGAGAACCUGAUCCUGCGGAUGAUGGAGGAACCGAGAAGGAGGGACGAGGCGCAGUGGGAGCAUAUCUACGCGAUGCGGAAGCGGUGCGGGAAGGCCAAGGCCAACUGAAGCCUCCCCGCGCCCUACGGCUUCUGGACCUUCGACCGCUUCAACGCCCAGAUCAGCCAGGUCCCCGGUUGCCUCGAUCCCUACGACGACCUCCUCCUCGACCAGCCCUCAGACUUCCCUCCGUCUUCCUCUCCCCCCAAAUGAUCCGAUCCCAUCCAUCCAUCUGUCCAAUCCCCGCUGAUCAGGUCUUUUCUUACCCUUGGUGACAAUUGAUGGGUAGAAGCCGAUAAGAAGGUUCACUCAAAUUGGGGAAAGCUUGAACUACUUGCUUGGUCUACGAUGACAGAUGUGUGUGCAUAAUAAUAUGACCUGGUUGUGGUGAACCAUGUUUUGUGCUUCUGAAGGUUUUCUACUUUUGGAUUCAAUUUCCAAUUAAGUACAUUUGUUUGGCUGCAGUCAAAAAAACAAGAACUUCUCUGUUUCCACUGAAGAUUCCUUUGUCUACUUCACUGGUUGUUACGAGUUGGACUUACCUUGGAUGCUGCUGGUAGAUACCACACACACUGCAUUAGGAGUAUGGAAGGAGGAAACAACCAAGAUGAAGAAGAAGAAAAUGGGGAUAAUCAACUAUUAAAUUAGUUUUCAUGCUUUUAUAGUUGAGCCAAUGACUACAAUCUGCAUCAAUUUGGUGUGUGCUUAGUGGUGCAUAGUACUCACAUAGAUCACUUGCUUUAGUGGCAGAAAUCAUGGUUACUUGUAAAGCAGGCAUUGAUGUUUUCUUGAGAUGAUACAUCCAUGUCCAUGAGUUGUAAGAUUAUAUUGUCUAAACCUUGUAUAUGAUAAAAAAAAGAUUGUACCAUUA